UAUUUGUGUCAGCCAUCAGCCGGCUAAGCUAAUUAUGUUAUUGCUAGGUUAGGUAAGACAAAGUUAUUUUUGUUUAUUUGUGAAUCUAUAAUUACUUGUGAAUAUUUGAAUAUAGUUGCAACUAAUGAUGGGAAACGAAACGAAGAGUAGUGAUGAGGAACCAAAACCCACAGUAGCAAAGAACGCAGUGGAACUUCAAAGGUUUAAACUGGAGAAAUUAAUGAAAAAUCCUGAUAAACCUGUGGUGAUCCCUGACAGAGUUAAGGAUAAGAAGAUGCCCCAUGUGCCAGAGUUUGUUCGCAACGUGAUGGGGUCCAGUGCAGGAGCAGGGAGUGGGGAGUUCCAUGUGUACAGACAUCUGCGGCGCAAGGAGUACGCCAGGCAAAAGUUUAUCCAGGAAAAAAGUGAAAAGCAACUUCUAGAAGAGGCAUACCAUCAGAAAUUACUGGACAACAAGCAAGCUGCGGAAGAAAAGACUGCAAAAAAGAGAGCAAAAAGGUUAAAAAAGAAAGCAAAUAGAAAAAAGAUUAAGUCCGGAGACAAUAAUAAAAAACAAACUAGUCAGGUGGAGGAACAAAGCAGUUCUGAGAGUGAAAAUGAAAGAACUGAUGAAGAGGAGGACAAUUCCAACACAAAUGAGAAGUUACGACUUCAAGAAAAUAGAACAGAAGUAGAAGUGGACAGUGUCAUUAUUUCUAAAAGUAAUAACAGUUCUGCAAAGAAACACUCGUUGGGAGACAAGGAAAGUAAAGACAGUAAAAGUGAACCUACAAGUUUUACUUGUAAAGAAUUAUUAGAUGAUGAUAGUAAAGAUGUCAAUUCAUAAUACAGUUGAAUAACGUAAAUGAUUUCUUGUAAUUUAAUUUGUAUGUAACCCUUUUAAUGCCAACACCUGACAAAUCAGAAUAUGGAUGGCCAAAGUGUACCAAUAUUCAAUCAUUUGGACGUUUUGUACAAAAUAAAUAAAAAUAUUUCAAGUAUUAAGAUAAACAUAGUAGGUUUUUUUAUCGUAUUACAAUGAUCUUUCCAAUAAUUACUGUACAUAAUUAGUUAAUAAAACAACUUAAAUAGC